AGCGAUUGCGCCCUGCGUUUUGUGCUCUGCGCCUGGACCGUCAAAAUAGAGCCCUCUGUGUGCAAAGACUCUUAGAGAGAUUUUUAGAUUUGCUAAAAUUAUUAAUUAUUAUAUUAAUGGUGUAUUACUGGAUUGUCACCUAGUGGAAUUUAAGCAUUUGUGCUGGUAAAUUACUUACAGGUCGUGCAAAUUAUGCGUUAUGCAAAACACAUUUGCCACAAAUGUGCAGAACUUGCCUCAGUCACAUUUUUUAAGUAAAAAAAAAAUUAAAAACGGUGAAAUAUAUCCCACGGGUAUAGUAGAGAGAGUGGUAUGAUACACAUGUUCCUUUUGUGUUUGGUUUGAACACAGAGGGCAAAAAAAUAAUAGUCUUGGUUUGAAGGCAUGAAACUUUUCACCAGUCUACUUUUAUGUGUUGUUCAAAACUCAUUAUAACAGCAUGCUGUGCUUGUUUAAGCGUCAUAUAGAAUGAUGACGCAUGUUUUAAAGAUCAACCGUGUGAAUAAUUUAAGCAGGUCUUUGGGAAAUCCAUCAUGAAUGGUAAGUUGUGGGUUUUUAUUUUUUAUUUCUGUUCCUCUUUCUGAUUACCAUGAUGAGCAACAUGCUGUUUUUUUGGCGUGCAGAUUGCCGCCAUUCAUCUGUUUGCAUUGCCUGCAGAGCCAAGACAUCGUCAGGCAUCAAAAUAACUUCCUUUGUCAAAUAUUUGUGCCUCUCUGGUCUCGGAUGUGGCCCGUGUUUGUUGUCAGAGAGAGAAACUGUCACCGCCUAAUGAGAAAUCGUACUGCUCCAUAAGCAAGUGUUGGAAACUGUUGGAGUUUAACAAGCUGGAAAUAACUAUGCCACAUCAAAUGCCAUCAGGAGUUGCUUGAAAUCACAUUUAAUUAGAGUCAGCCUAAUAUUGAGCUUUUAUUGUAAACAGCUUUGAAAGAAUGCCUAAAUUGCAGUUGAGUUUUAAACAGAACAGAAUGUCAGAGUUACUUUUGUUGGUGAAUUGGUGUUUCUAUCUUUCUGUCUUUAUCAAUGUCGAUCUUCCUUUCCUUGGUGACUUUCAAGGUAAACUUUUCUUUUUUUCCCCAUGUCGUGAUUUGUCAGUCAGUCGGAUUUUAGAUAAAAUGCAUGUUUGAAGUAUUUCUAUACAUUUUGGGGGGAAUAUAUCUGUGUGGAUAAAUUUUGCUCUCUUUGUCAUUGAAAUGCUACCCAUGAAAUAAUGGUUUUGAGUGGACCAAAGCAUGUUUGAGAACUGCAACGCUGCAGAUCAGCCGAAGAGUUUUCGUCCAUCAGACUCUUCAGCUUUGUCUGGAUCAAAGACAGGAGGCAGUCAACACCUCAAAAAUGCCUUCAACUUGGGCAAAGCCAUGGGUGCGAAGGUGAACGACCUUCUCCGCCGGAAAGAUCCCAGCAGCCUCGGAGACAUUGGGGUGACGGAGGUGAAUAAGAACGUGGAGCCGGUGUGGGCCAGCCUGGUUGACAUGAGCCACGGCACAGCCAGAAACAGUCACGUUUCCCUGGACUCUUUCCCUCGUCUGGAUCCUCCUCCACCCACUGGCAAGAAGCGUCUUCCACGUGCCCUGAAGACCACCCAGGACAUGAUGAUCUCCUCCGACCCUGUCGUGGCCUCCCCAGAAUCCUCCUUCGUCUCUUCGCCUGACAAAACCUCCAAAGAGAAAGCCGAGUUCCAGCCUGAAGAGUCCAACAUCGAGAAACCUCCAGAAGCAGACGUCGACAGUCAGAUGGAGAAGAAGCCCAGCGUAGAACUGAAUAGCAAGCCCACAUCUGCGGUGAUGGAUGAGAGAAAUUCAGAGGAUGUGGAUCAGUCGCAGAUGCUUCUCUCAGUUCCAGAUCUCAUUCACAAAGACAAUCUGGACCCAAAGAAACUGGCCAAUUCAGAAACCAGAAUGGCUUCCACUCCGUGUCCAGGGAAAGGCGGCUGCCGGAUCAGCGUCACUGAAGGGGAAUUAAUGGAGAAUGGCACUGUGGAUUAUCGAACCCUCAACCUGGACAACGAAGAACCACAUCCUGACCUGCUGUCAUUUGAAUAAGGUUUUCCAGGAAUCCCACCAUUUAAACUGCUUUCAUUUUAGCAUUUCAGAUUUUGCCUUUAUAGCAAAGUAUCGCUGAUUGUACUUAGUCAUUUCAUAGAUAUAAUUAUUCAAAUGAUAAAAAUCACUAUUGUUUUUUAAUCAUAGUAACAUAAUAUCUUUCAAAAGAUUGUAUUUUAAAGUAUUUGUGGACCUGUACUCUAAAAAACACAAGUUAACAGAAACCAAAGUCAAUACACUGCAAGAUGGUUUUAGCUUAGUAUUUGUUGACUUUUUUUCCAGUAGAAUUUUCCAGAUGAAUUUUUUUGAGAUGCAACACUGCAUACGCUCUUAUGACUUGUUCUCAUGAUUUGUUUAAUAGUAAUGCUGUAAUAAGAGAUUAUUAAUGUUACAAAAGAUUUCUCUCAUAUAAAAGCUCGUACACACUGGGAUGCUUUUCAUUUGCGUUUAUCGUCAGCGGUUUUUAAGACGUUUUUCCGGAUUCAAACCAAAGUGAUUUUCACUAGUGUCGAGCAGAAGAGUAUGCAAAAUCCCUCCUUGACGUUAGACGGCGCUACACAACUUUAAGCUUCUGACACCCGCUUGUAACACAGAAGAAGAAGACAAAGUUGACAUGCUUGUUGUUAUGGAUGGUUCAUGUAGUAGCUCUAGCGAUGAAGAAAUGAUUGUUGUUCACCUGAGCAUUAAGCAGCUCCACACUCAUAUCGCCUCUGGGCAUCCUCUUCAAUGUGUGCUCACAUUGACAGUUUUGCACUUGAGCGCCUCAAAGUGCUGUUUACUGUAACUUCAGCAGCUCCGUGCCUGUGAACAAAAAUCCCAACCAGAUAGGUGGAGAAAGUUUUAACGUGUCAAAACAAAAAACAAAAAACUAGCAUGAGGCGUUUUUUUUUUUUUUAAAUGACGCCUUUACCUCUGGCAUUUUGCGCAUAAGUGUGCAUGAUCACAUUGACGCCCUUUAUUUAGUCACUAGGCGUUAAACGUCGACGAAAAACUUGAGCAAAAACGUCUCUGUGUGCACGGGCCUUAACUAUUGAUUGUUUUUGACUUUACUAGUCAUCAAAUAACCCAGAAACAAUCACUGUUUUUACAAAAAGUGUAAGUCUUUUAAGCCUUGACAAUAGUAAACCAUUUUUACUGAGCAUCAAAUCACCCUGAUUAUCGUGAUUUCUGAAGUAUCUUCUUAUUUAAGAUUGAAAUAUUCUUGUAGUAAGGUUUUAAAUAAUGUUUUUGAUUAUUCUUGAUAUCAAAAAGUAAAUAUUUCACAAUAAGACAUUUGAUCAAAUAAUGGCUUCUUAAAUUUUUAAAACUCCAAACCUUUUUUUUAACAAGUCCUAAUUAUGCAGUGUUGCGCAUUUUGUAUAUAAAAAGUAUGAACAUUUAUCUUAUUUGAAAUAUCUGUUUUGGUAUUUUGCUGGAAAAUUAGACAAGAAAACCUAAAGGCAUAGUUCACCUAAAAAAUGCUGUUAAUUUACUUAGUGUCAGAUCAUCCAAGAUCUUGGUGACUUUUUUCUUAAUAGAACAUUCAUAGAACAGAUUUCGUGAUCCUUGGUAAUUCAUAAAAUACAAUUGCCAUUCAUUCAUUUUUCUUCGGCUUUGUCACUUAUUCAUCAGCAUGCCAUUCCAACCGCAACCCAGUAUUGGGAAACACCCAUACACUCGCAUUCACACAUGUGCUCAUUUACUAAGGCUAAUUUAGUUAAUCAAAUUCACCUAUAGUACAUGUCUUUGGACUGUGGGGGAAGCCGAAGCACCCGGAGGAAACCCAUGCCAACACGGGGAGAACAUGCAAACUUACACAAUUGCCACAUUAAAAGUAAAAAAACAUAAUUAGGCAAAAGAACAUGAAUGUGGCUCAGGAUGCUACAUUGCAAUCUUCUGAAGCAAAACUUGCAUAGUGCCAGUAGCCAUUGACUAAAAAUAUUCUUUAAUAUUCCUCAAAAAAGAAUUUAAUUGUCGGCACUGAUGACCAUCUGGGUGGUGCACCAACAUUUGACGGCAUUCCACUUCAAGCAUAUAGAGUUUGAUCUCUUCUCUUCUCUUUUGAGGUCUAUUAGAAAGGGCUCAUCCCUAUGCCAUAGUCUCUUCAAAGAGUUUACCUCUAGGGUGAAAGCAUUGAGUAGUUAGUACAUAGAGAUGAGCCCUUCCAAAUGGGACACAGUGUGUGACUUACCUGCACAAAAGAUCCUAGUAGGCUCAGAAGGCUGUUAUCAUCCAGCCACAUGGUUAAUGAGCUAUACUAAUAGAGAAGACUCCAGAUCCAGAUGUGUUUUUACAUUAAUGUGACGGUUGGGUUUAGGGUUGGGGU